AUUGAAAAAUCAAUAAUCCUUUAUUUUAGGUUGUUACUCUAACGUUGAUUCUGGAUAGUAAAAUUAUAAAUUUUUUUCUUCCUGUAAGUUUUGAGAUUUUUAUUCUAAGUCGAUAUCAUUAUAAACAAUUUUUUUCUUAUUCAUCUGUAAACAAGAAUGGCGUUAAACAAGCUUAGUGUAAAGAGUUUAGAAGUAACAAAUAAACGAGUUUUAAUAAGAGUUGAUUUUAAUGUUCCAUUGAAAGAUGGUAAAAUAACUAAUAAUCAACGUAUUGUUGCUGCACUGGAUACCAUUAAAUAUGUACUUGAUAACGGAGCUAAGUCCCUUGUUUUAAUGUCUCAUCUUGGACGACCAGAUGGUUUACCUAAUGCUAAAUACUCCUUGAAACCAGUUGCUGAAGAACUUCAAAAACUUCUUAAUAGGAAUGUAACAUUUUUACCUGAUUGUGUUGGGCCUGAAGUUGAACAAGCUUGUGCUGAUCCUACUCCUGGUACAGUAUUUCUUCUGGAGAAUCUGAGAUAUCAUAUUGAGGAAGAAGGAAAGGGUGUAAAUGAAGCUGGUGAAAAGGUCAAAGCUGAUAAAGAAAAUGUCAAAAAAUUCAGGGAGUCAUUACGCAAAUUAGGGGAUUUGUAUGUCAAUGAUGCUUUUGGUACUGCUCACAGACCUCAUAGCUCUAUGUUAGGUGAAGGAUUUGAAAAACGUGCAGCCGGAUUUUUGUUAAACAAGGAAUUAACAUACUUUGCCAAAGCGCUGGAUAACCCAGAAAGACCUUUCUUAGCAAUUUUGGGUGGAGCUAAAGUGGCUGAUAAAAUAUUAUUAAUUGAAAAUUUGUUGGAUAAAGUUGAUGAAAUGAUAAUUGGUGGUGGCAUGGCUUACACUUUCCUCAAAGAAGUCAAUAACAUGAAAAUAGGAAAUUCUUUAUAUGAUGAAUCUGGUGCAAAAAUUGUACACAAAUUAUUAGAAAAAGCAAAAAGUCGCAAUGUAAAGAUUCAUUUGCCUACUGAUUUUAUUACUGCUGAUAAAUUUGCUGAAGAUGCUACUACUGGUUCUGCAUCUGUUCAAGAUGGUAUACCUGAUGGAUGGAUGGGUUUAGAUUGUGGACCAGAAUCUCGUAAAUUAUUUUCAGAACCUAUUGCUCGUGCUAAAGUUAUUGUUUGGAAUGGACCAGCUGGAGUGUUCGAAUUUGAGAAAUUUGCUGCUGGUACAAAAUCUUUAAUGGAUGCAGUUGUUGAAGCUACAAAAAAUGGAACUGUUUCCAUAAUUGGAGGUGGUGAUACAGCUACAUGUGCAGCCAAAUGGGGUACAGAAAGCCAAUUAAGUCAUGUAAGCACUGGUGGUGGUGCUAGUCUUGAACUACUUGAAGGAAAAAUUUUACCAGGAGUAGCAGCCCUUACUGAUGCUUAAGAUAAAUCUUUAUUUUAUGGUUUUCACCAAAACUGAAAACUAACUUAAUAUCUUUAAAAUUGUUUAAAUUUAUUAUUGAUCAACUUAGUUUCAGCCUGUGUUAAAAUUUUUAGUUUUCUUUAAAUGUUUUAAAUAAUAAUUAUAAUAAAAAUUAUUUAUAACUUUU